AUGAGAAGAUCACUCUCCUAUCUUCAUACACCUUUCAUGGGUUGUACAGAUAUCUACAAAUACAAACCUCAACCUAAUGAUCCUGAAGCUCAUUAUGCGGGAGGUACUUCAGCUGGAUGUGCGACCUAUUGCUCUUCCCUCGGUACUCCGUACUUCUAUAACCAAUAUAACACCGGUACAUGCUACUGCUCUUCGGGAUCACCUUCAGCCGAUCAAUAUACAUAUGGAUCAGGUGAUCAAGCUGGAUGUGAAGGAAGCGAUUACGAGGUGAAUAUAGUGACACCAUCAAUCUUCACUUGGUCAUCUCAAGGUACUGACUUCUGGAGGGGGCUGGAGGGAUGUUAUACCACAGUGACCACAAGCCAACAUCCAGGAAAUAAACCAACUCUUGAAGCAUGUUUCGCCUCCUGUCCAUCAUCGAAAUCAGUAAUCUUCUCACCUAACUCUGAUACUAACACUUUCGACUGUAAAUGCGAUCCUACUCAGAUCAACAGCUCAGGAGGCGGUACGAUCACAUGUGGGAAAUACGCUUGGUUCGCUUACUCCAGAUAUUUGAGCAAUAGACGGAUGGAGGGUAAGAGAAGGUUAAAUAAGCAGAAACUCCUUGACCAACAUGCAGAGGAAUGUCAAGAGGAUAAAGAAGAAGCAAAUGGCACGUUGAGCGAUCUUACAAAGGUGGUGUUUGAGACUAUCACCGAAGUGAUCGAAGAGAUUGGGUGUUAG